CUCUCUCCUCCUCCUCCCCUACAAGUGGGAGGCUCCGCGUCGCGAAUGGGGCGUGGCCAAGUUGCAAGUUUGACGCUGGAAAUCCACAUGGUACAGAUCUUAAGAAGAGGAGAUGCAAUGAGGCUCGGGAUUUGAACUAAUGCCAUUACACUGACUCAUCCAGGGAGAGUAAAGGAGUCAGAGAACAAGGAUACUAAGCUAGAGAGGCGCUUGCUCAAGGAAAGAGAAGGGAGGGGGGUACGUGUAAGCAGGGGGACAGAAGAGCUCGCCUUCACGACCGAGAAGGGCAAAAUCAAGAGCUAGAUCGAUCAUUCAGUUGAUUUUUUUCAACAAUAAGUAAAUAAAGAGCCUCAAAUCCCGGGCUGAGUCAUCCAGUCCAGUUCGAGCAGGAAGACGGCACUUUUCUGAAAGGCUUAAUUAUACAGGAGGCAACGAUCCUCCUUAAAACUACAGAGAGAUCAAGACUUUGAUACCAGUAGGCAGGCAAAGUGGAAGGAAGGGAAACAAGACACGUCUAAUUUUCUUUAGAAAUAAAGACGCAUUUGGAAAGAGAACUCUCUUUUUUUUAAAGCUUGUUCAUAGUUAUGCUGACCUUAAGAGACUCAGUGAUUUGGCUCUACAAGGAGUGAAUUUUGCAUUCUUAUACGUGGGAGGUUUGGGGUGGUUUUGUUUUUUUAAUUCCACACAGUCCUGUUUUGAGAGAGAGAAAAAUCAGGACUUGCUUAAAAUAGAAUCAAAAUCCAAACUGCCAGCUGCAUCCGUCUCCACCUGAGCGCGCUUGAAAUCUAAGGCAUCAAUUAUACGAUUGGAAACAAGACAGGAAGGGACUGAACAAGAGGGAACAACAACUAAAAAGAUUUUUUUUUUCAUUAUUAUUUCUCUCCUGCUUGUACCUCGGACAAUGUACCAGGACUUUCCGGCAAAUUUUGAUACCUCCUCUCGGGGUAGCAGCACUUCUCCAGGGCAUCCGGAAACUUACUCGAGCAUCACAACUCAACAGAAAUUCCGGGUCGAUAUGCCAGGAUCGAGCAACACAUUUAUUCCUACUCUCAACGCGAUAACCACCAGCCAAGACUUACAGUGGAUGGUUCAGCCCACUGUGAUAACCUCCAUGCCAAGUGCCUACUCUCGCUCGCAUCCCUACAGCCAUGCAUUGCCCAAUCUGUCUUCAAUUACUGGACACACAGCCCUACAAAGGCCUGGUGUUAUUAAAACCAUUGGGACCACCGUGGGCAGGAGGAGAAGAGAUGAGCAGUUAUCACCUGAAGAAGAAGAGAAGCGAAGAAUUAGAAGAGAAAGGAACAAACUAGCAGCAGCUAAAUGCCGUAACAGGCGCCGAGAGCUGACUGAGAAACUCCAGGCAGAAACCGAGGAGCUGGAAGAGGAGAAAUCAGUGCUGCAAAAGGAGAUUGCUGAACUAGAGAAAGAGAAGGAGAAGCUGAAAUUCAUGUUAAUGGCUCACAGCCCCAUGUGCAAGAUCAGUCCUGAGGGCCAUCGAACCCCUCCACCUCAUAACCUCCAGGCCCUGCGGACUGGAAUGAGUGGUCCUGUGGUGGUGAAGCAAGAGCCUGUGGAGGAAGAGAUCCCUUCUUCCUCUUCAGAUCCUGAAAAAGGGCAGAGAUCUGUCAUUAAGCCCAUCAGCAUUGUUGGGGGGUUUUAUGGAGAAGAACCACUCAACACACCCAUUGUGGUGACUUCAACUCCUGCUGUCACCCCUGGAACAUCCAACUUGGUCUUCACCUACCCCAGCGUGCUGGACCAGGAGUCACCCCUCUCCCCAUCAGAAUCCUGUUCCAAAGCUCACCGGAGGAGUAGCAGCAGUGGGGAUCAGUCAUCUGAUUCCUUGAACUCUCCAACCCUGCUGGCGCUGUAACCCUUUAGCCACCACUCCACCCAGUUACUCUUGGGGGGGAAAGCCCCAACUCAAGAUCAGAGACAGCACAAUGGCAUUCAAGCACAAGGCCAACAAGAGCCAGGAAAGGAAAUGAUGUUGCUCCAGAUAUUUCCUUAGACAGGAAGACUAGAACAAAUGAAAGCUAUAUCAGUCUGGAGUUGGCAAGCGGCAGUCACAAUCCCAGGACCCAAUGGUGAGAGGUUUUCCCUCAUUCACCAAUUACUGCAGUGGAUGUAACCAUCCAUAAAAUUGCUAGACGUUUUUCCUGUUAGGCUGAUGAAUGGACUGUCUGACCUGGCUCCUUCUCCUGCGCUAAGUAGUACAUUCCAGUUAGUUGAUCUAAUUUGGGCCUUAACAUUUUCUUGAUUUUUGUUGGAUACCAUGACAUUUCGAAAACUCUAAAGGCUUACUGAACCACUGCUGAUACUGAGAGCUGCCUCCCAGGAAUUUUUGCCAUAUUGGGUGGCUUUUGGUACAUGGUGGAAGUUUGGGGGGGGGAAUAGGGAAAUUUAUUACAGGUCCAAAUGGUUCUUCAAAAGUUACACAUCCAGUGUCUUCAUUGGGGAAUGGGGAAAGUGAUGGGAAACUGGUUAACAAAAAGAGAAGAGUCUCCUUGAAGACGAUAGAGAACAGUGCACUGUUUGUGUCUACAAAGGCUGUAUUUGCAACAUACCUUCGUCAGUGGGCCAGGACUGGUGCCAAGAGGGCUGGGGAAAUGCCAGAGUGGGUUUCCACUAAGCCUUUGUCUCUGGCAUGAUGUCUUCUGUAAUUAGUGUUUGUCAAAUCUGUUGCAGGACCCUAUGUUUUCUUUCCUUUUGGCUGCCAGCCACUUUGGGUGUGAUGCAGCUUCCUCUGAAGUAUGCCUGAAUCACAUGCUGGUGCUGUUUCUCAAACAAAGCUACCAGCUUCCAGGUUGUGGACUGUUGCCUUUGCCCAGUGCUGCCAUUCUUCUGGCUGAUCAGGAAAGGGGAUUAAUUUGAGGAAGAAUGUGCAAGAUGCUCCCUUGGAGAAAUUUUCCCCUUUGGUUAAAUUUUGCUCAUCAGGACCUGGCCAGGGUUAUGUGUAUUGCUUUCUGGUGGUCUCAAGCCAAAUUAGUCCUUUUUUCUGGUCCUGGAGACAAUUGAAGAAAAAUGGAUUCUGCACUUUGCCUCCUGCUGCACUUGGUUUCCAAUUCUUAACUAAAUAUGGCUCAUAAAAAAAAACCCUGUGCUCACUACUGAAAAAGGCAGCAUGUUUCACUUAUGUACAUCCCCUAUAGUGCCAAGCAUUAAUGCAACUGUACUCAAAGAAUAUGCAGAUUUUAGUGGGGAUAUCACAGAUAAAUUGGAGAGAGGUUUGUUAGAUCGUCUUCUGGAAGAAGACAGUUUUACUUUAAAACCUAUUCUUUACAAAACACCUGAUAUAGCUCAAGUUAAUGACAAGCAUAUUCAUGAUUGGUUCUGCUUUGAUUUUCUUUUAUGUGAUCUGCUAGGCAAGGAAGCUGAUGGAUUUUUUUUACCCCGUUUGCUCUUCAGAGAUCAGCUUCUUGACUUUGGGCAGGAUCUUUUUCAAGCCACGUUAACUCCUGCGGCGAGCAUUUUUGCCUCUCUUCAAGCUUUGCCUUAACAGCUGGGAAACUGUAGUCUGGAUUCAAAGUGUUUCCGUUGACAUCAAUGAUCACAUUCCUGUUUAUUUUUAAUGCAUCUGGAUCACAGCCAUACUUAAGAAUGUAAUGCUAGGCUAUUUGAUCAGAGUUCCUAGCCAAUGAAGUUUUUAGAAUGAUCUAGAUUAUGUUUUUUCCCCCUAAUAAGAGAAGAAAGAUUCAGUGACCUGAAUGAAUUCCAGAGAAUUUGAGUACUGUAAAGGUAGUGUUUGAUUCAAGUGGAGCUCAGUUCUUGGUGAUUUCGUGGAUAUGCUUAUGUCAUUUUUUUUUGGGACAACGAUAGUGGCUUGCCUUCUUCAAUGAUAUUUUUGGACUCCUCCCUAAUCCACAAACUGGGAUUCCCUAAAGGUCUCUGAAAUACUAACUAGAUCCAAAACAAACUCCGCUUAGCUUCUAAGCUCAGAAAUAACUGAUGAGGUUCCAUUAUCUUUUUUUGCCUAUGCUUGUCAUAGGGGAAAAAAAUCUAGAUUAUUUCUGGCUAUUGGUAGUACAUCUAACCGCUAAACGUACUCUAGAUAUUACUUAACACUAUCAAGUUUCUAUUUACAGCAAUAAAAGCCAAACAUUUGCUUUAUAGGGAAAAAGGGUGCGCAAACUGAUUUUUCUAGCUAUUAUCUCCUAUAGCAGAUUCUGUGUUUAUUGAAAUAAUUUAAACCAGCCGUCCCAAUUUAUGCUCCAUGUGCAACACCACAGUCUGAGCCAAAAGUCAUGAUUGGUGAACAAGAUUUUUUCUGUAAACACAUUGAGCUGUAUCAUGUUGAGGAAGGCUGGUCUAAAGUCAGAAUAAAAAGUUGUCUGGAACUGCUUUUAUAUGCAUAUGAUAAGAAUGUUGUAUUGCUCAAAAUUCAGAUUCAGAGCCUCUCUUGUUUGGUAUUUUAAGGAGGAUUCUGAUCAUAAUGGGAUGGGAAAACCAGCAUCUUGUCACUAGUGUCAAAAGGAACUGCUCAAUAUAUUUAUGUGAGAAGUAAAGAGCCAGUGCUUCUCUGCCUUAGUGUUUCAGAAAUAAAAUUGUCAUAGUUCAUUUAGCACAAAUUCCAUCUUAGAAAUUAAUGGAAAACUAAAAGAUAAAUAAAAUUAAAUAAUUUGACCUGCAAUCUCAGAAGUUACAUGAUUAUUGGCAGAAGAGGACAAUAUUCUGUGAAAAUUCUCAUUCUAUUAACGUUGUGCCAGUAGCAAACUUAGGCAUUCAGUUGCAUGUUUAAUCUAUGACCUUGCCAUCAUUCCGCAGAUAAAACUGCAGCUAAUAUGUGCUUUUCAAAAAAUGUUGCUCCAGAAAACCUGGAGAAUUGAAGAAAAUACCUGAAUAGUUGAUCCUUUUUUGCUAAUUCCAUGAAGCAGGAGAUGAUGGUGCUGAGAUCAGUCAGAUAGAAAGUAGGCGGAGUUUAGGGAAGAAUUCCCUUAAAAAUAUUUCAAGCUUGGCUGAAGGAAACAGCAAUCUUACAGGAUGCUUCUAGAUAUCUAGACUUCUACAAUUGGUUCUGAUUGUGAUUGUGAUCUCAGAUCUCUCCAGAUAGGUUGCUUCUUGUUUCAUUUUUGUGUGUUCCAGUUGGAUGAUGGUUCCUGGAACCUAGCAGAAGUAGCUUUAUAUUUGGUCCAUUCAAUCUUGUUACUUCAAGCAGGGUGAAGUAAACGAGGCCAUUAUGCCCUUCCAGUAAGUAGUGUCUUUGUGACUAGUACUUUUGGUCAGCCUUGUACAAUUGCUUCAUUAUUGUGUUCAGAUUGAGCAUUGUCGUGUUUUGGGUAGUUGAAUCCAGCUUCCAUUUCAGUUUUGGCUUUUCUUUGGCAUCUUUUUAAAUAUGCACAUUUAUACAUUUGAAAUGGCAUAUUUGCAUCUUUCCUUCUGCCUCACAGGUGUAAAUGCUGUACAGUAUUUGCAUGGCACAAACUCUUUUGUGUUUUGGCUUUUUCUUCCAGAAGCUUGUGGUCUGUGGAUCAAUUGACAGAGGCCCAUGUUUUAUAAUUGUCCCAACCCCCUGUAGGUGACGCAGUAGUGGGAAUUAUUUAGCCUCUUGAGAGCAAUAUAUGAUGGCAUCUCGCACAUGGCUGGUGGUGAUAAGUAACAUCUCAGUUCUAGUUUUCUGUGGUAUAAAAUUCUAUGAGUAACACGCUUGUGCGUGAAGUCCUAAUAACGGCUUUUGUGCAAUAAAGCAAACCUGAGAAGUUUUGUAGAAUACAUUGCAUCUAAAUCUUUUACAAUCUAUAGGGUUUAUACAAAAUUUGCAAUAUUUAAGUCUCUGAUCUGGCAAUGUUUUGCCCAACUACGUUAAGACUUAUAUGCAUGCCUUGAUAGAAAGCAAUUCCUAUUCUUGCAGUAUUUUGGAGAAAACUGCAUUUUUUCCAGAGAAAAAGUCUAUUUGUCUCCCAACACUAAUGCAUUUUUUUCUCUUUAAAUUCUUGCUUCUUACCCAUUCCAGUUCUAAUGUUUAUACUUGACUUUUUCUUUCCAUUAGAACACAAUCCAGCAAACUCUUUGCUUUGCAGCUUCUUUUAAUUUCAACCUGCUUUUUGACCUGAUGAUACAGAUAGGGGUGAUGUAGUCACUGGGUUUGAUGAAUUUUGCUUAUUAAAUCAUCAGAAUACAUAUGAUAUAACAAGACCUGAGGUCAUCAUAUCAGUAUCAAUGGAUUUUUUUUAAAAAAAACCUAUCCUUAAUUGUUUUAUUUAAUUGAUUCACUAAGUUCCUUUGAACUUAGCAGUAUGCUGCUCCACCCAAUCAAAAACACUCAUUAUUUCUUAUUUAUUGGCAAGCAAACAUUUUUUGUGUUGGCUACAAUAAAUCUGCCCACCAUUAAUUAAACAAGUUGUUCCUAUUUUUUAUGCCAAAAUGAAAUUAAUUAGAGAGGGUCAAAUAUUGUAAAAGAGGAUGAAAGUGAUAGCAUGUCUUUGCCUUUUUUAUAUAGAUAUAUAAUGUUUACAUUGUUUUCUUUGCCACAGAUCUGGAUUUGAAAAAGAACUUUUCUUACAGAUUUUUAAAAUCCUGAUUUUUCUUUUUUAAAUAAAAAUAAUUACACAUGGUAAUGGUAAGGGUUAAUAAUUUCUCCUCUUCCCUUUGUAUAAUUUUUCCAUGAAUUCCUUUGGUGCUUCACUUUGGUUCUCAUUGUUGUUUUGUUCAAAUCUGCAUGAAUAUCUAUUCUGUUUAGAAAUGGUUUACUAAUCUCAAUUUCAUGAUCUUUUCAUUCAUGAGAAUUGUUGUUUUCUUGGGCGGUGGGGUCAUUAAGCCAUAAGUAUCUCUCUGUGCAAUAAACACUAGGCAAGUGCUUUCAAAAAAGAUUGGUAUUUCAGUCACAAUGCGCUUUGUAGGCAAAAGUUUCCAGGGCUUUUCUAAGUAGGGCUGCCUCAAUUGCUGAAUGAAGCAGACUUAUCAUAACUCACUUUCUGUUUCUUCCAAAAAUCAGUGGUUCCUACGAUCAUGUUCAAUAUUCCAUUUAGGUCACAUUUUUGCAUAUCAGUAUAAUCCUAGUGCGUGUUUUAUUCCACUUCAUUAAAAAUCCAUUCUGCAGGAGAAAGAUCUAAAAUGGGCAAGCAGAAUAUGAUUUAAUUCCCACAGCAAGAGUAAAAAUUAUGCCCUUCCAUUACAUCCAUUGGUUUGUGUGAAUUGGGCUUUUUUUAAUUAAUAGCAAAGAAUGUUGAUGUGAUUCCAUAUUCAGACUGGUGGAAUAGAUUGUCUAACGCUGCUCUUGGCAUAUACAAAUAGAAUAUCAUGGCAAAAAAAUGGGAAAUCUGCAAGAACACCAAAUUGUACAUAAUUUACCUAUUUUUUAAUUAUAGAAAACAAAACCAGAAGAACUGAAGGAAGUAAGUAGUUAUUAUGUCUUUCUGUGCAAAUCUCAUGAGAUUAAUAAGAAUCAUGAGGAUUAGGAGAAAUGGAGGGGGGGCACGAGAAGCUCCAAAACUUACCUAAGAGGGAAGGGAUUCUCUUAUAUAAAAUGUACAAAGAAAUGGUUUCUAAAGAUGAAUUUUCAAUCUUCUUCAAAUUAUAAGAUAGAACAAGAAAAUUCUCAGUAAAAGACAAUUUUUCUGUCCUAAAAUGGUUCUGCUUCCUUUCUACUCCUGAAUUUUAAUACUGUUCUGAUUCUUUUGUGGCUGUUUUGAUGUACAAAAACCAGAAUUAUGUGUUGAAAACAGACACUUGGUCUGUCUCAGUGAGCAGAUAAAUGUUGUGCAUGUGUAUAGAUUCUACUGUGUAGUCCCAAUAAAUAUUGGUAAGAAAAAGUGCAUUUUCAUUAGCACAGUAAAUUGAUGAUAUAAAAUGAAAGAAUGCUUUAGGAUCAAAGGGCCCGAUUCUCUCUUCGUUUAUAUGACUGUGAUCUUAAAUGCAUUCACCUUAGAUGUAUGUACACCAGUGUUAAAAUUGGUAGAGAAAAUUGUUUCAGUGAUUUGAUUUUUCCCAUCAUAUAUACAAAUCCAUAGAGAUCUUUAUUUUUUUUUCCACGCAUCCAAAAUUUUGCUUUUCUUUUCCCCCAACAUGGGGUGAAAUAAGUUUGGAUAGGAGUGUGAUUUAAAUUGGGAGCCCUUUUCUGAAUGUCUGUGUAAGAACUCUCGUUGGCAGAGAUGCUUGCCGGGGAGGUCAUCUUAAUUCUUUUUCUUGUAAUGCAGGCCUACAAUAUUUGCACUAAAAUUACAAAAAUAAUGGUAUGGAGGUGGUUUAAAGAAAGGUUGCUGCUAUGAAAGAAAAAAACUUAAAAUAAUGGCCAUGCUUUUACAGAUUUAAUGUAGUACCAUUUCGUAAAAUGAAAUCAAACUAUAGAUGGAAAAGAAUGAAGGUUUUAUAUGUAUGUGUGUGUAUAAAAUUAUAAUUAUUAUUUUCUACUUUCUCUUGCUGUUCAUUUCCACAUCCCAUUUGAUUCUAUUCUGUGUUCUUUCAUUGCUACUUUUGUGAUUGUGUUCAUUAACCCCAUCCCCAAGUUUAACACAUGUAAAUGAUGCUUUCAUGGCACUGCGGACACCUUUUUUUGUUUGUAUAGUGAGAUCUAACUGGAGUUCUCUCUCUUCAGUUGAAUUCAUUAAAAAAAAUUCUUUGUUAUGACCAAC